AUGUCCGGCUGGAAUCCAGAUUUGACCUCGUUCACGGAUCUCUUGCAGCCCGACGGGUCACCAGUACACUUAGAUGAUGUCUCUCCGACACAUCGUCGCUCCAAUGUCGGUAGCGGGAGUGGCACUGUACCUCCUUACCCACCACCUUCGUACGGUUCAUACGCUCCACCUGCGUAUCCAUACGCGCCAUCUGGUCCGUACCCCCCACCACCUCCUGAAGCCAGUGCUCCAAGCUCCGAGUCCAAUGCCGCGGAAACAAUCAUAGCACCGCGUCCAAAGAGGCUUGACUGGACAGCUGCGGACGAGGAAAAACUGGUUCAUGCUUGGAUUUUUAACUCCAAGGACUCUGUCGCCGGUAAUUGCAAGACCGGCAAUAGUUUUUGGGGUCAGAUAGCUGCAACCUUCAACUCUACCUCGGAUCCUGCCCAUCGUCGCACCUCCAAGCAACUGAAGGAUCAUUGGAACGCCUACAACAAGGAGGUGUCCCUGUUCAAUGCAUACCACAUCCAAGAAGAAGCGUUACGUCAGAGUGGAGCAGACGAUGCAAUGGUCAUGAAGGCGGCAAUGGAGAGGUACGCGAAUGACAAAAGAGUUACUCAGCCGUUCAGACGGCACCAUUGGUGGCAAGCUGUUCGCAAUGAAGCGGAGUGGAAAGGACAACAUGGUCCUGGUAGUGGAACCGAUUCCACAUCCAAGAGAAGCCGUCUAGGAGUUUCUGGUGAGUACAGCUCUAGCGACGCGACGACGGAGGAGGAGCGUCCAACGGGCCGCGAUAGGGCCAAGACCGCGGCACGUAAGGGUAGGAGGAAGGGGAAGGAAACCUCAUCAAGAAGUGAGGUAGGAAGUAAAUCCUUCGCGAUGAAGAACAUGUGGAAUGGUUUAGUGAAGGCUAAGCUACUCAAGCAAUGGAACAAAAUGAAAGACCGAUCAACCGCCGACAUGAACGAAGCAGAAAAGUGCAAACAUGCGAAGGCCAUCAAGAUGCUAUCAAGGGCGCACGCAUAUCGACAACUCACUGAUGUCGAGAGUUUCUAG